GGACAGUCACGGAGAGUCUCGUCGUGUGCAGCCAUCUUCCAUAAAUAAAUACACAGUGCUCCCCAUGGCGUCUCCACCAUUUGUUUCUACCACCAGGGAGUCUCUGACCAGAUGGCAGAGCCAACCAAGGAGCGUUCUCGUCCUUUCGUCGUGCCGCAAUUCACGUUGAAGGACUAUUCGUCGUUCUUCACUGCAGGAGCACUAUGUUGCACAAUCACUCAUGGCGGCAUGACACCCAUCGACGUCGUCAAGACCCGUAUACAAGUUGACCCUGCUUUAUCCCGUCACUCUUUACUUUCAGGGACCCGUUACAUCGUUGCGAACGAAGGCCCCGGGGCCCUCCUCACUGGUUUCGGCCCUACAGCUGUCGGAUACCUCGUACAGGGUGGUGCCAAGUUCGCAGGAUACGAGUACUGGAAGAAGACCUUUGUUCAAAUCGCAGGCGACCAGGAGACUGCUGUCAAGUAUCGCACAGCAAUAUACCUUGGUGCUGCCAGUGUAGCUGAAUUCUUCGCUGAUAUUUUAUUGACACCACUAGAGGCGACUCGUAUCCGUCUCGUCUCCCAGAAAGGCUACGCGUCCGGUCUAGUGACUGGCUUCACGCGACUUACACGUGAAGAAGGCGUUCGUGGACUGUAUGCGGGGUUUUUGCCCAUUCUUUGCAAACAGAUACCCUAUGCUAUUGGACAGUUUACUGUGAAUGAAUUCUGUCAUGAGCUUGCAUUCCGUUCCAUGUCAGAAGAGACGCGGCGCUCGCUAAGUCCUACGACAAAGUUCAGCAUCAGCCUCGGCAGUGGUGUCAUUGCUGGUUUCGCUGCCGCUAUCCUCAGUCAUCCCGCGGAUACACUUCUUUCACAAAUCAACAAAGGCCACGGACCAGAAGGGUCAAUGCCCCACAGACUGAAAGUCCUCGCGCAGCAAGCUGGCCUUAGAGGUCUCUUUGCAGGGCUGGGUCCUAGGAUGGUCAUGACCGCCGGAUUAGUCUCCGGACAAUUCCUACUAUAUGGAAUCAUCAAGGACGCGUUGGGGGCACCACCCGGCUUGGAGAUUCACAAAGAAUCUUCAAAGUUGUAAUGACAUUCUUUGCACUGAGUUUUGACGACUCUUGAUUAGAUGUCAGAGUGUUGGUUUUCUGGACUUCCUGUAUUCUAGAUGUGCGUGUACGUGUUAGAUAGACUAGAGCUAACGCAAACAUUGUAUACCUCCUGAGGCAGAGGCAGAUAGAGACGGUGACACGAUCUUCGUACAUUGGGUUAUCUUGUGCCAGUCUUCGUCCCUCUCCAAUUCAGGUCUCUCCCU